AUGGUAGACACUAGAACUCAAAUUCCAUUUCCGCCGAGGAAAAGGCCACAGAAUCCAAGAGAAGCACAAGCACUAUAUGAAAGCGUUAGGACUGUGGCAUUAUGGUUAGAUUCUAUCCCGUUUCUUCCUUUUCCUGUUGGAUUGGAUGCUAUCAUUGGGGUGAUUCCUGGAGUGGGCGACCUGGCAGGUUUCUUCAUGGGUUGUUACCAAAUACACUUGACAAGUUUCUUCCCUGACUUGCCUCAGAUUCUACUCAUAAAGAUGAUAGGACUUGUAAUACUCGACACUUUUAUUGGGCUGCUUCCCUGGAUUGGUGAUGCAUUGGAUCUUCUGUUUAAAGCCAAUUUAUAUAACCUCUUCAUGCUCGAAAAAUGGUUAGAAGAGAAAUAUGGAGACGAUAUUUGCAUAUAUAACAGUGCAACUCAUGAGCCGUUGAAACCAAGAAAUAACGCACCACAGGCACGCAGAUCACGGAACAAACGUGAAUAA